AUGUCUACCUCCUUCAAGGACAAGGAUGGUGCGACGCCGACGUCGACGACGGCUGGCAAGGGCAAGAAGAAUAAGAAGCAGAACGAGGAGGACAGCGAGGCCGAAUCCCACGCGCCGAAUAAGAAGCGCAUCAACUUUGGCGCCGCGCGCAAUACUGCCGUGCCUGUUCCAGACAAGGACAGGACCACGAGGCGGUACUUCGAACUCCAGGGCAGAUUCAAAUCACUCAGCAAGACACGGACCAUCUACACACUCCCCUCUCCCGUCAUGUUCGCCAAGAACCUCGUUGUCGCGCUGGCGCUUGCCAGCUUCACGUCGGCCAUUCCCCUCGACGCUCGGGAUGACGACUGCCAGGCAACCUACAGCACCUGCAUCUCCGACGGCACCCCCGAGGUUGUGUGCUCGUGCGCCCUGACGGCCUGUGUGGGUGAAGACAACGCCCGCAACCGCGAGUACUGCGCCAGCGCCAUCGCGUCCCUUGAUCCGACGCCGACCUCCAUCCCCGGCGGCUGCAACCCGGCUCACCCUGGAUCCUGCCCUGAGACCAUGUCCACCGGUAUUCCGGGUGGCUGCAACCCUGCUCAUCCCGGCUCAUGCCCCGAGCCCACGUCCACCGGCAUCCCUGGUGGCUGCAACCCCGCUCACCCUGGAUCUUGCCCAGAAACGACGACCGGUAUUCCGGGUGGCUGCAACCCGGCGCACCCGGGCUCCUGCCCCGAGCCCACGUCGACCGGGAUCCCGGGCGGCUGCAACCCCGCCCACCCCGGAUCUUGCCCGGAGACAACAACCGGUAUUCCAGGCGGUUGCAACCCUGCUCACCCUGGGUCUUGCCCCGAGCCCUCGUCGACUGGCAUUCCCGGCGGUUGCAACCCUGCCCACCCGGGCUCCUGCCCUGAGCCUACCUCGACAGGAAUCCCCGGGGGCUGCAACCCUGCUCAUCCCGGCUCGUGCCCUGAGACCACCACAUCUACUGGCAUCCCCGGGGGCUGCAACCCGGCGCACCCCGGUUCCUGCCCUACGCAAACAACCGUCACCCGGCAGCCGGCGGCCAACACCACCGUGCCGGUGCCUCCCAUCGGUACCAACGGCGCCGGGCGCAACGCGGUGGGCCUUGUGGCCGUUGCCGGCCUUUUCGCUGUCGUUCUCUAG